AUGAAGGGCUAUUGCUCGUAUUCGCCUGCCGACGCGAAUAUCAUGCAAAAUGCUGCUUGGGAUAUCACUGGCAAGAAUGCUAAUUUCGUUAAAGACGGUUCGUUCAGCGGAUGUAUACCGUUAAAGCAUGUUUUCGGUUUUUGCGAGGACUUCAAGCGAAUACUGGUGAAUUGUAGCCAACAAUUGAUUUUGAAUAGAUCAAUGUCAGAUCUGAGUUCAUUACAUUUCGCUACCGUUGUUGGGGAGGAAAUUACUAGCACGUCAUUUAAGACUCUGGUGAAAGAAGUCAAAGUACAGCUGACGCGAGUGUCGUGGAAAAUACCUGUUAUUAAAGUCGACGAUCGAGAGAGAUUGAAACUGUUGAAAAUCGUUGAUAGCAAAAAAAUGCUAAAUUGUGCUUUUAGGAACUGGGAGUUGUGUGAGUACCCCAACUUACCGCAGACGAGCAAACACUCUUGGAUGGUGAAAACAUGCUCACAGGUAGAGAGACCUAGGUGUUUAAUAAUUGCUUUUCUCACGAAUGUACCCGGUACUGUGGCAGACGGUUAUAACGUCGAUUACGAUGCGUGCUCGCUGACAAACGUCAAAGCAUAUAUUAACUCUAUCGAAUACCCGUAUGAAGAUUUCAAUGAAAGUUUCGAUAAAAAUCUGUUCACCAUGUUCUACCAGAAUUACGUCGAUUUUCAGAAACAUUAUUACGAGCGAUUUAACGCCCAACCGUGCCUUACGAGGGAACAGUAUAAAGAGUUGGGCCCAUUUAUCUGCAUAGAUUGUUCGCGUCAAAACGAUGACGCCAAGACUUCGAGUAUCGAUUUACGUAUUGAGAUUGAGGCAUCCAAUAAUUUCCCAGCCCAUACGUCCGCCUACUGUCUAGUCAUACACGAUCGCAUUGUUCAAUAUAAUCCAUUUACGGGCGAAGUGAGAAAAAUAUAA